ACAUAUUUAAAAAGUCAUGGGAAACACCCAAGGAACUAGUGAUAGCAAGGGCAGCCUUCCCAAGCUGCCCAAGCAAAAUCUGGUCAAAGGUCGAAGUUUUAUGAAGUUUGGCAAGAAGAAGCAACUUCUGGUGGAACAUGAUGGCACCUCGACGAUGGCCAUCGAGUGCAGCAGUAAGUCCGACGUGGAUGUCGAAAAUGAGGACGGAUUCUCCAACAUAUUGAUCGAACACGGCGCAGCCACAUCCACCGGCCAAGGUCAGCAGCAGCUGUCGAAAUCAGCUGAUUCGCUUCUGGCGGAAGAGGCCAUCACCCAGCGAGAGCGCGAAUUCAUCUCCGUUGGGCACGAGACCGGCAAUUGUUAUGAAGGAGUACAUGAGACCAAGCACGGCAACGAUGAUAAUGGCCCUAUCACCGUCCCGCUAGAUACCGAUAGUAGUGAUGCAAUAGCUCCACACCAUGGGCAGUCAAGCAUGGUUUCACUACCGGCACCAACCGAUGGAAUCAACGAACCAGCAACGAUGACGACAUCAACCGUCGUCGCCACUGCCAACAAUAACAAACCCCAGAAGAGUCCCAAAACGGACGAUCGCGAGUCGGUGACCCCCUUCGAAACGAUCCACACAUCAAACCACCAUCCAGCACAAGCACUGCAACCACCACGUAGAAAAAACACCAAAGCACCAUCACCAACACAGCAACCCACGGGGAACAACAAAUUGCCGGCUUCCUCGAUCGCUGCUAUAGCAACGAAGGCUAGCCCAAGUGACCCAAACAGUGCGAUCGCCAGUAGUAAACUGGUUCUGGGUGAGGGAACAACAAAACAGCUGGACCGCUGCACCUACGAUCCAUCAUCGACCGGAUCAUCGAUCAUUGUGACCACCGAUUCGUGGAAGCGGGCCAAAUCUUUGAGUGAAAAUGUGACUUCUUCGCAUGGAACUUCCGCAGAGUCUAGAACAGCACCGAGCUCGAAAUACCUUUCCGAAUUGAAUGCAGUCAGCUAUAGCCACGAUCCAUCCGGCAAGAUAAUUCAUCUCGUCGAGCACACCACAUCGUCCAGUUCGGAUUCGAUCUUCACGGAUCCGUGCACGCCGGUAGGGCCAUUCGCCACCGAAAUUAACGAGGCCUACUACUCGGAGGAGGACCUGAUUGCGGCCCAAGACGAGGAAACAGAAUCCACGCCCGUUCGAUCGGCGGGUGCUUUAACCGCGAACAGGCUGAAACAACUUAGCAUUCAUAAGGUGGAGCCGAUUGAUUUGAAUGAAAAUCGUGUUGCAACCGCCGACCAGUGGAGGGAAAAGCUAACGGUCGCCGAUGUUUCGUACAUCAGCGUGAAAAGCAGUGGCGAUCAGUGGUGGCUGGGAAAGUGUGUUGUGGAAAAUGUGAACAACAUCAGUGUGGAUGGCCUCCAGUGUAGAGUGGAAACUAGCGAGGUAGAGUCCCAAACUGCGGAAGGUGGCGAAGAAAUGGCACUCAACUUUCGGAGCAAUGCCGUUGCGCCUUGCGGGAUGGGGCAAAUUCAAAGCGUCCAAGAUGGGCUCGGAACGCCCACCGACGAGUGCAAGGACAAAAGCAUCUUCAAUGUGGCGCGCGUCAAAAUGGUCGAACUGUCGGAGAUCAAAACGCCAAACUCGCUCUACGCUACCCCUUUAUCCAUCAGUCAAACGUCAGAAGCCAGCAGAGUUGGUGUCAAUGAGCAACAGCAGUGGACAACACCUAAGCUGCCUGCCGGUGAAGGAAAUGUUUACCGGAAGGUGGUUUCGCUGUCGUCCGGAAAAGCAACGGAGAGUGUGCCGCCAAGUAGCAAGAUCUUGCGUCCAUCGUUCGUGCCGGAAAAGUUGAACUUCUCCGCAUACGAAAAGUUUGAAGGUCAAAUGCUCAUGAAUUGGCUUGCGUCGACUCUUCAGACUUCGAGCGCCACGGUAAACGAACAGGAGUUGAACACGGUGAUGCUGCAGUACUGCACCAACCUGAUGGUUGCGGGUGUGAUCAAACAAAUACCGGACAAAAUGGCACCCAUUCAGGAAACUUUCCGGCCCAAUCUAAUGUACCAGUGGACCCACACUGAAGUACCAUCACCAGCGCCGUUGACCCCGGGCCGAUUAGAACCUCACGUGGUUUGGCCACAUAUCAUACCAUCCUUGGACGUGGCCACCAAAUCGGCGACACAUUCCACUACCACUCCAACGGAGGAUAGCGAAAGCGAAGACUGCAAAAUGACCAUCAAGACAAGCACUCCAAAAGUGUGCAAACCCAAGGUCGACUCGAACCUCGAAGAUCUGAAGAACAAAGUAAACAAGUGUGUAAAUAUGUGUGACAUUAGAAUAUUAGUUCAAACAUUCCUAUGUGAUGUAAAUAAUAGUGAUUCAAAUGAAGCGGGAAUAGUGGAAGCGAAAAAUCGAACGUGUAUACUUAGUGACCUACUCAAUGAAACCGAUGUGACGAUUUAUCAUCAAGAUGCUAAACAGUUGGUGACACCUCCACAAGCACCGCCACUGACUAGCAAAGCUAUGGAACCGGAAACACCACGUAUUAAUGGAAAUUUAUCGUCUGAGUGUGAUCCAAAUAUAAUUAACGCAAGCUUACCUAACAGUAUUGAUAAACGAAGUGAUUUUUCCGCGCCAAACAUUAACACCAGUGACAGCAACAGUAACCAGACUAACGGCAGUGUGUUCAAUAACAACAAUAACGAGACCUCAACCACCAUCUAUGUCUGCCAGCAAUGCUGUAAACAAACAGUGGCUACAAGUGAGGAAAGCUCCCGAAGCGUCAGCAAUGAUCAUCCAAUGCCCCAGGUUCCCGCUACCCUGAAACAACUUGUAACACAAGAAACGCAAACCGAAGCGGAGAAACCCAUCGAUAAUGUACCUGUUCCGGCAGCAGCUCCUCCUCCUCCGCCACCCCCACUACCUCCGCCCCCUCCUCCACCACCACCUCCACCAUCCAUGCUUAAAGCGGCACCACCACCUCCACCUCCGCCACCUCCUCCUCCCCCACCACUACCACCACCUGCACCGCCUGUUGCCCCUCCUCUUCCUCCAAUGCCACCUGGCUCUGCUGGAUCCGGUGGUCCACCAGCACCACCCUUGCCACCACCGCCACCGCUACCGCCAAUGGCUCCCCCUCCGGCCUUGGGACCGGGUGCACCGGCACCGCCUCCGCCUCUGUUCGCCGCUCCGGCCAGUGCUGCUCCUCUGGGAUCAGGUAAAUUACCGUCAAGCGCUACUCAGAGUGCUGCCCAUUCUGGCCACGUGGCCACCACCACCGCAGGCCCUCCACCACCAUUACCAUUACCAAUACCGACGCCCGGAGGAUGGUAUCAAGCAAAUACCCUUCGCAAGACCGCCGUCAAUCCCCCGAAACCCAUGAAACCUCUCUACUGGACGCGGAUAGUGGCGCCGAAAAUGAGUCCGGUCACCGAAACGGACGCCCCCUGUGAACUGCCCGAAGAAGGCAAAGCUGCCCUCUGGCAAGAACUGGAGGAAACGAAUCUAGAUAACAUCGAUGAAUUCACCGAACUUUUCUCUCGGCAGGUCGUGGUCCCGAAGGUCAAAGAAAAGGUAGAGAAACCGGAGAAAACCGUCAAGGUUCUGGACAGUAAACGGUCCCAGAAUGUUGGCAUAUUCGCCAAGAGUUUGCAUGUCCACUUCAAUGAAAUCGAGUUUGCCAUCUACCACUGCGACACAUCGGUAGUUAGUUUGGAGGCUCUGCAGAAAAUCCUGGAAAUCAAAGCCACCGAUGAAGAGCUCGCACAAAUAAAAGAAUGCGCCGAAGGCAACAUACCUUUGGAUCCUCCCGAACAAUUCUUGUUACGAAUUUCGGAUAUCUCGUCCUUUUCGGAAAGAAUCUCCUGCAUCGUCUUCCAAGCAGAGUUUGACGAACAUUACAUCACUGUGACAAGAAAACUCGAAACAGUCAAGCACACGUGUGAGUUUCUGAUCGAUAGCGAGCAACUCAAACAUCUGUUUUCGAUCAUCUUGACACUUGGAAACUACAUGAACGGGGGUAAUCGAACCCGCGGCCAAGCCGACGGAUUCGGACUGGAAAUUCUCGGCAAACUGAAAGAUGUUAAAUCCAAGGACAACAACAUCACGCUGCUGCAUUUCAUCAUCAAAACCUACAUCGCUCAGUGCCGGAAACAGGGCGUACUUCUGCACGAGGUACUUCUGCCAGUUCCGGAUCCGGGCGAUCUGGAUCGAGCCGUACUGGUGGAUUUUGACGAUUGUCGGACGCAGCUAAAUAUGCUCAAAUCGAAAACAGAAGAAUGUCGUCGGACAACCGAUAAAGUAAUACAGGAGUCCGCCGAAAGUAACAUUCAGCCGUUCAAGGAAAAAAUGGAGGCCUUUAUCGAGGUUGCCAGCAAACGAAUCGAUAAGCAGUACCGCAAACUGGACGACUGUCGGGAGAUAUUCCUCAAGACUAUGGUUUUCUACAAAUUUACGCCAAAGUCCGGCAUCAUCGAGGAGUGCAAGCCGGAGCAGUUCUUCGAACUUUGGGCACCGUUUUCCCAUGACCUGAAAAGCAUAUUCAAGAAGGAGAUCCUUCAUCUGUCCAACGAAUUACUGAAAAAAACUAAACGACCAGCUCCAGUUACGAACGGCACCAGCAAGCAGACAUCGUCCAGCAAAGCGAAGGCAGGUUCCUUGAAGGAACGAUUGAAGCGACUCAGUAAUAAAAGUUGAACAUCGAGAUGACUCAAAUGACACGAAAUCAAAAUUUGCUCUAUAAGAAACUCGCGUUGAUAGAUGAUGAAAAAUACAGUUGUGUGAUUCUUUGAUAGGCUCAUACCGAAGAAAAUUACCGAGUAGAAUACUCGACAUAGAUGUUCGACAUCUUUGACAUGGUACUCUCCGAAAUCUAUUGUGUAUUUGAAUAGUUUGUGUCGUGGGUUGCUUUCUUUAUCGGAUUACAUCAAGGAAAGGAAAGAAAUAUACCUAAUUGAAAUGCAUGUUUUGGGGGCGAUCAAACUUCAACACUUAAAUGUAUGGAAUUGUUUAAGUUUGUUCUCUUUUUGAGUGUUGUUCAAAAUUUGAAUCAUAUUGUCAGUAAGUAAUGAUGUAGUAGCAGUAAUAGCUAAAACUUUGUAUUUUCAAUUUUUUGUGCGUUGAAGUUCAAUUUCCCUUACUUUUCAUAGUGGAGCAACUAAGUAACCUGAUGAAUUGGAUAAAUUAACAAACAACUGUUUUUAAAAACAUGUAUGCUUCUUUUCACUAAUGUGGUAAAACAUGUAAUAUUUUUUCAAAUAUUUUUGAUAAUUUGGAAAGUAUCUCAGGUAAUAACUGUAAAAUAGAAAGGAAAAAAAUUAAGCCCCUAAAAUUGUUCAUUAGUUACGCCAAUGAUAGCCAGCAUAAAGGUUGUUAGCUCUCAUAGCGUUAUCCGCACAUCCUUCUUCUUCUUAUUGGCUUUACAUCCCCCACGUGGACAUUGCUGCAUCGCUGCUUAUUUUUCAUUAAGCACUUCCACAGUUAUCAACCGCGCGGUUUCUAAGCCAAGUUACCACUUUUGCAUUCGUAUAUCAUGAGGCUCACACGAUGAUACUUUUAUGCCCAGGGAAGUCGAAACAGUUUCCAAAUCGAAAAUUGCUUAGACCGGCACCGAGAAUCGAACCCAACCGCCGCCCUCAGCAUGGCCUUGCGUUAUAACCGCGCAUCUUACCGCUAGACUAAGAAGAGCUUCAAUAUUUGCACGUACGGCUUAUUAAAAUGCUGGGUAGUAAAUAUCGAUAAAAAAUAUACUUUUCAUUACUUCAAUAGUAAGUAUAAUUUAAGAGAUAAAAUAACGCGGGAGUAGUCAAUUAGGGAAGAUGUAAAUGCUACUUACCAGCACUUAAAACUCAGGCUUGACAAAACUCCUCACACUCGCUACAGUCAAACAAAAUCAUCAUCAGCAAAAUGCUGUCUCCGCAUCCUCACCAUUGAGUGGAAGCGUAAAAAAGUAGAGGGACAGAAAAACAGACUGAGGAAGAGCAAAAUAAAAGCACACGUGAGUGAGGCGUCGGGCGAAAGAGCACUCAUUGAGUCUCCGGAGCGACGGUUUGUAUGUGAAAACAAUCUUGGAGGCUGUGUUGAGUGUGAGUGUAAGUGAGUGGCGACCACAAGAAAACGAUGAACAGAUGGACUCGCUCUUGUAUUGCGACGCACAAACUCGAGUUUUAUUAUGCACAAUGUUGUGAAUAUUGAUGCUUAUUUCUGCUCCUCAAAAAAACUCUUGCUUUUGCUCAUUUUCCACUCGGCGAGGAGCUUUUGGCAAGCCUGUUAAAACUAUGGUCAAAUUGGGUCAGAAAACUUUCUUUCCGUUCCUUUGAAUCUGUGUUUGAAACUGAUUAUUACUUCACAGACACGAGCUAUUCAAAUAGUAUCACAGAUGAACAGACAUAAAAAAGUUUAAUUAUCAGCAGAUUAGAAAAACUUUUGCAUGGACUGUAUUGAUCCUGAUAUUCUUGAUUUGAAAAUGCUACAUUCGCAGCUUUGUUAUUUUGCAUACUUUUUGUACAAAUAUUAGAAAAAAUAUAUGUCUGUUUGUCUGUGACAUACCUUUACGCUUGUCUUUGAUCAUGAUAGAAAAAUCAAACUAACUAGCUCUAUUAGUGCAGCGCAAAAACUUUAUAAUCGUCAUAUUGAUGAAAUGUAAACGUACAGAUAUAUUUAUUGAAAAAUAAAAUAAGAAAAGCGGAAAUGUUAUUCAUCACAUACCAAUAGUUAUUGCAUCUAGUUUAAUCAAGAUAUGAUAGUUUGCAUAAGGAUUAUAUACUUAUAUAUAAAACGAUAUCGUUAGUUGUAAAUAUCGAAAAACAAAAACGAAAGCAUAAUGCAAAUAAAACAUUUAAAGAACUGUA